GUCGUAGAGCCUCAUACGCGGGUCAUAAACGAUCCGCGGCCAUAGUAGAGGUGCACGCGCGAGAAUCGAUCCGAAUCGCCGGCGAUAAACGCAUCUCCCGCGAGGCGAUCGUCGCGCGCCGCGUCGCCGCCGAGCGAUGAGUUCCAAGUUCAUCAUCGAUAGCAUGCUCCCCAAGUACCACCAGCAGUUCCAUCAUCAGAACUUGUUCGCGGGUGCUGGAGCAUCACCUAUUGAGGCAUCAUUGUCCUCAUCGCUGUCAUCAUCAUUGUCGACGUCGCUCUCCUCGUCGUUGUCUGGCGGACUAGGGGCGGCUGCGCUGGGGGCCGGCUCGCCAGGGGCCGGGAGCCCGCAGCGCUCCUCUUCGUCAUCGUCGGCGUCACCAGGCGCGCCGGCGAGGAUGUACCCGUACGUUUCUCAUCACCAGCAGUUCGGAGGCUCAGUGCCGUUUCCAACUGGCGGUGGUCUAUCGGCUGACGACAAAAGUUGCCGUUACCCGACAGCUGUGGGAGGAGAUCCGAUGGUGAAUUAUGCACUCGGUCAACACAACGGCGGUGCGGCGGUAUCGGCUGCGUCGGCUAGUAUGGCAGCAGCGGCGCAGUUUUACCAUCAAGCAGCAGCAUCAGCAGCCUCAGCCGCUUCUGCAGCCUCAGUGGAUGCAAUGGGCGCAGCGUGCUCUCAACCCUCCGCCCAGCCUCUGCCAGACAUACCACGUUAUCCAUGGAUGUCAAUCACCGAUUUUCCGUUUCCAGAUUGGAUGAGCCCCUUCGACCGCGUGGUCUGCGGUGAGUUCAAUGGACCAAAUGGCUGCCCACGACGGCGAGGACGACAGACAUACACAAGAUUCCAAACACUAGAACUAGAAAAGGAAUUCCAUUUUAAUCACUAUCUGACGCGCAGGCGUAGGAUAGAGAUUGCACAUGCACUUUGUCUUACAGAGAGACAGAUAAAGAUAUGGUUCCAAAAUCGACGCAUGAAGUUAAAGAAGGAACUGCGUGCCGUUAAAGAAAUCAAUGAGCAAGCGCGCCGAGAGAGAGAGGAACAGGAUAGAAUGAAACAACAGCAGCAAGAGAAGCAAGCCAAGCUGGAGAGCCAACACCAUGGCCAUCACGUGACCCACCACCACGACCCAAUGAAAAUGCCCAUCGACAAAGGUUCCAGCGACAUCCUCAAAGUGAAUAAAGUGCCGACGUAAGGCGCCUGCCUACCGCUUAGUAAAUCCUGACUGAUACUGUAUCAUAUAGUGUGAAUACAUGAAUGGAAGUGUUACGUCCAUAUGGACCUGCGGGCAGCGUUAGUCCUCUCGUAUCCACUAGUUUUAUGUUUUGCGGCUGAUUUAGUAGGAGUGUCGCCUCGUUGUGGAGGUGUUCGUGACUUUUAUUGUAUUAAUGUUCCUUUAGUGCGAAGGACUUGCCUCGGUGUCGUUCGCUGGUGGACAGGCUGGUGAUGUGCUUUAAGCAUUUAUUUUGUUGCCAUAACCACACCAUGUAUUGCAAUAAUAUUUUACUAAAUUUUACAAAAGCGUUAGUAUCGCUCUAAGAUUUACAACUCCGAGUGAACUUCGGUAUUGUUAGUUAAGAUUUAAAAUCUGUGAAUCUCAUAGUAUUUAUUGCUACCAUUUACUUUAAUUCAUUAUGUUAUAUUUUUUUUAUUAAUAGAUAUUAUAUUAUGUACAUUUUGAUGUAUAUUUUAUUAUUUGGCCACUUUCAGUGGACUGGUUAUGUUUUGAUAGUCACAUUUUUUUAUGAUCGUAAAAUUUGUUGUAUUUUAUCAGUUGAUUUCGAAAGAGUUGCUUUUAUUAUUUGUCCAUAUUGUGAUUCAGUUGAUAGUUAGGUUCGGAAAUUGUUGUUUGAUUUGAACGUAUAAUUUUUAUUGCGGAAAUACAUUUGCAAUUAUAUAAAUAUAACAUUUACUAUUUCCAUAUGAGCGUUAGACGUAUGAUUGUAACAAAAUACGUAUUGAAGUACAAUUGAGAGUAGGUUUCAUCAUGACGUAUGUUGUGUUUUGUAUUCAAUGUUUUCAUGAGAAUAUAUAAUUCGGUAUUUUUGAUGAUAGUUCUACUUAAAUCUUGUCCAGAUGUUUAAAAUUCUUAUAAUGUAAAAAAAAAAUUAACUGCAUUGUGUCCAUGCAUCCCAAAUCGUCAGAUGUUCAAAAUUAUAUACGUAACAUUGAUACAUAUAUUAAACAAUAAUGUGACUAAAAUAAAUUUUACAUGUAAUUUUAAAGUUGAUUAGCUUAAGUGUACUAUACAUAGAUAAUAUAGGUUCGACUUUAAGUAUUGCUAAGACGAAUAGAAUGCCUACCGCGAGGUAGAACGUGAAAUAACUACUUUGAUUUGCCUAAUGAUGUUUCUGAAGCAGCUUUACCCUUAACCGACGAUCAAAUGCUCAUAUUUUCAAUCAUAAAAUAUAUUUUUAAUCAUUUAAAACUUAUUCAAUUCAAAGUAUUACAAUUUGAUCGGUUUCGUGUACAACAUUACUUUGCUCUCAAGUCCACGUUGUGCCAAAAUAUUAUAAAAAUUAGCUUCGUAUCAUGAAACAAUUACGAAACAAAUGCACUCACAAAAUCGUUUCGCUUUGAACAAAUAAUCAUGUAUUUCUUUAUAUAAAUAUCAGAACAAAUAUUAAAUAAGGGCUAAAAAAAUUAGUAUUCAUAGUCACCAUUAUACGUAAAUUAAUGUCAGGGUAGAAUUAAAGAAAAUUUAAAAUAAAUAUGUGUACUAAAUUGAAAUUAUCGCUUAAUUUUUAUAAUCAUCACUCAAUAUAUAUCUGUCCACUGUAAUGUUCGUAUUAUAUCAAUCAGUAGGUGUAAUUUAUAUCUGGAUAUCAUUAGCACAAGUCCUCUUUAGACUUAAGAUAUUCACAAGGACAUUUUUUCUCAGAUUACGAUUCCAAGAUGAACAAAAGCAAUAUUUAGUUGUUAAAACGAUUUCCAUAGUUCGUUUCGAUCUUCAUUACGUUACGGAAAAUAAUCGUCAAUUCGAUACUGUUAUUUAAUUUAAAUGAAUAAAUAUUAAAAUAAAGUAAAUAUUACUGAAGUAACGAAACUUAGGGACUUAAAAUCCGUUACGUAAAAACGCUGAAAUAUUAAUGAAGUUUAGUUUAUUUAACUCGUUUUAUAUUGAGAUGUCGGCGAUAGCCAGAUAUUUGCAAUAAAUAAUGAAAACAUUUCAUGAGCUAUAGACGUCGCGUAAGAUUACUAUAAGGUUGUCAUUAGUAAAUAAAAUAGAACCUUUAUCCCAUCUUACUUUUAAAUAUGAAUCGAGAAUGAUAAUCGAACAAAAUGUACUUAAGUAAAUUUCGUAUAUGUAGGCUUUAUAAGUUAUAAUGCAUAGUUAAUAAAUAACUUAGACACUGGUAAUAAUAUAUAAGCGUAAUAAACCAGGCGAAGUAUUUGAUUAAAAGCGCUUAAAUACCUAUUUAGUAUCGUUCGUAAUGAUUAUGAUUGGAGGAAACGAUAGUACUAUUCGGAGUAGACGGGCGUACACACUCGCACACGCGUCGAGGACGGUAACUUUAGCGCAAUGUGUGUAUACGAACUUAAAUUGUUGUUUCUGGAUUUGAUAAAUAAUAUUCGAUCCCGUUGUGAAAAUUUGCUUUAACAAUAACUGUUUCGUUACUCGUAUGGGUCUGUGCAAAUUAAUAACUCCUUUAAUCUAUACGAUAUCGCCUUUAUGAUUAUUUACUGUUACGCGAUUCCUAAUUAAGUUUCGUUUCUAACAAUAGGUAAAACUUUUAACGUAUUAGUAAUAAUGUUUGUGUGUAUGUUCGUCGGAUGAUUUAUGUCAGGUUCUCUUUAUUGUUUUUGCCUCGUAAAGAACUGUAGAUAAUUCACGAGGAACAAUGAGCAAUUUGCUAAAUAGAUUAUAUACGACCUCCAUCCGUAAUAUUGUCUUGCCAUACUGCUAGUGUUUCGUAGACUAUAGGUAUUAACAUAAUACCUGGUCGAAUAUAGAUUUCAAUAUAAUAAUAUACCCUACCGUAUUAAUCUUAAUUAUAAUUUCUAUUUCUCCAUUUACAUAAAAUCAGGCGAGGUUUUCCAGUUCUGUAGAUUACUUUAUAUUAUAAUAGUUUUUAAAACAUCGUUAAGUUGAAUUACGCCAUUUAUUUUUUAAAAUAUAUAUUUUAACAAGACUUCUGUUCUGUUAGGUUAUAUCGAAUGAUUGUUAAUUUUUAUCUUAAUAUAAUUGUAGUUAUGUAUGUAUGUACCUAUAUCUAUAUUUUCGAAAAUAGUAACUAAAUCGUCGUAAAAUUAAGUUAUUGUAAAUAGUCGUGAAAGUUUUAUGUGGCGCAUUAUAUGAAUAUAUAUCUUUUUGUUUUAUAUUUCGUUUUAUGUUACGUAUUUAUGUAAUGUACGUACGUGUUAAACGGAUUUCACUUGACUAAGAUGAAAAAGUUUACUGAAACUCUUUUAAAUUAGUGAACAGCCGCCUUCUAAAUUGUUUAAAUCUUUUGCUGAAUAAUUGUAUUUUAUAAUAUUUCUUUAUCAUUAUGAUUAAUCUGUAACUUUUUUUGAAGUCUUUAAAUUAAUAAUGAACAUAUUUGAAAUAUUUUUAUUUAUAAGCAAGAAUGUAUUAUGAUUUUUUUUUAAUAGUUAUUAUUGUAAUAUUUAUAAAGAUUUCUGGUCAAGUGAAAUCAAACGUACGACUCAACGUGACUGUGUCGUGUUAAACUAAGAAAAUAGAUGGGUGAUUGUAUAUGAAGCCCGCAUUCAAUAUUGUAAUAUUAAUUUCGAAAAUUCAAGAGAAUAAAGAGUUAAUG